AUGGCAGCGCCUCGGCGUGCGGGAGGCCAAAACAAUUACAGCUACACUGCUAACACCGCGAACAACAAGCAGGCUCAGCUCACCAAUGCAUAUCAGGAACUUGCGAAGGAGCUGGGCACAGACAAGCUCAAGGUGGUGGGAGGAUACACGCUAGGACGUGUCAUCGGUGAAGGUACAUAUGGUUCUGUUCACAUUGCUACUCAUCGUCUGACAGGCACUCGAUGUGCGAUCAAGAAGAUCCCCAAGUCAUUCACCCCACACCUCACCAGAGAGAUACACCAUCACAGGCGAUUACAUCAUCCAUCCGUCGUACACUUACACGAGAUUAUCGCUACCGAAUCGCACAUAUGGCUGGUCACCGAGCUAUGCAGUGGAGGAGAACUGUUUGAUUACUUAGUAGAGCGAGGGCGAAUGUUAGAAGGAGAAGCCAGGAAGCUAUUUGGGGAGUUGGCUGUAGCUGUAGGGUGGAUGCACCGACAAGGGGUGGUACAUCGGGAUUUGAAGCUUGAGAAUGUUCUGCUGGAUGGAGAACUACGGAUAAAACUGGGUGAUUUAGGAUUCGUCAGAGAAUGGCAGAGGGGAAGACUGAUGGAGACUUUCUGCGGAACCACUGGCUACGCAAGUCCAGAAAUGCUGGCUGGGAGGAAAUAUCUGGGAGUGGAGACCGAUAUUUGGUCCAUGGGGAUCAUCCUAUACACAUUACUGUGCGGAGGACUACCUUUCGACGACGACGACGAGAGGGUGAUGAAAGAAAUGAUUAUGAAGGGCGAGUAUGAGGAACCAGAAUGGCUAAGCGAAGAGGCUCGAUCCCUCAUUCGAGGGAUGCUGCAGCAGGAACCCUCGCAACGUCUCACUAUCGAAGGCAUCUUCAAUCACCCAUGGUUCAGGAUGACCAUCGUUGAUCGUAUACAAGGUCAUGCUGGUGAUUCCCAUUCCUUACCUCCUUCACCUCUUCCUACGAGUCCUGGUUCGGGGGACGAGCUCUUCGCCGAGCCCUUUAUGAAUAACGGAUCAUCAUCUCGUCUCACCCCUCACAUGGCCCAGCCAUCCCCGCUAUCCUUACACACUACUACCGUUCCUCAUGUCGAGUCUGAACCCUCCGAAACAUCUGUUGCCGAUAGCGAAGCUGGCACUGGAACUACUCCCCCCACCACUGCCGAAGAAGACGACGGAGAAGAUGCGGAACCACCUGUACACCGUGUGAAUAGUAGCGAAUUCAGCGCAACCGAGAAAGCCCUCGAAUUGCUUCAUCCAAACAGCAGUCAGUCGACUAUCAGAAGACCAGGCUCAGCUUCACCAAAGAGUGGAUCAUUAGUGAAGAACAGAGUCGCGAUGAAAACACACCUGGAAGGGCAAAAGGAGGAAGAUGAAGAUGGCGAGGUUGACGACGUAGCCGCCAGUCUACAUAUACUCGAUGACCACUCACUUCACCUGCCUGUCGCUCAACACUCACGUACUCCUUCGCGAACCAAACGACGUUCGGUAUCUUCGACUAUGUCUAUGGAACGUCGUCAUUCCCAUCACAGUAUGUCAGGCCAGUGGCAGAGGUAUCACCCCGAGGACUACCUCACCAAGCUUAACGAGGAACGACCACCACCCUUUACUACUCCCUCGGAAAAGUACUUGCUCAAUCAGCUGAACGAUAUGGGUAUGGAUACUGGUCAGCUCCGACAUUCCGUUGAAAGCGACGCAUGCGAUUCAAGUGCUGCGAUGUGGUGGAUCUUACGAGCCAAGCAAGCCGAACGAGGUGAGACGGACGACGUGAUCGUUGCGCGAGAAGCUACAGCCGCGAAGAAAAGGGAAAAGGCAGCUGCUUAUGCCAGAGAAGAGAGACGAAAAGCGAGAGAAGCGGCAAAGGAACAAGCUAACGCAGCAUCUGACUCCCUCGAAAACCGUUCACCAGCUGUCACCUUCAAAGAAGAACCAGCAUCGAUACCGGUAACACCGUCAUUUACCAUUAUGGAUCUGGGUGCACCCAUCACCGGACCUAGUCAACCUUUCUUUGCGUCUCCGGAUAAUCUACCUAUGUCUUCCUCAUCUUCAGCUAUUGAAGCACUCAACGCUACCAACUUACCGCCUUUCGAACUCAAACCUUCUCCUGGAACGCUUACUCCGCACUCUCAACCUCCCACGACUCCACCUCAAGAAAACCCUCGAGAUCUGCUGUCCACACCUGACGCUUCACCUGCUCGUGGUCGGGACGAGGAACGCAGCACGAAAAGGCGAUCGCCGUCCAUGUCUAUGCUUCAAAGAGCAACUUCAGCUUGGGUAGGCAACAAGAAGACUGAGGAGAAAGACCGAGUGCAAAGAGAGAUCGAUUCACCUGCUUCGUAUAAGGAUGAAAAGCGAAGCACUUCCCCAUCGAAACUUCACAAACCCCCUCCCAAGCCCAAGACACUUCCCAAGGCGGAUGUGGAACAUGACUCGCUGCUACGGCCAUCUCCUGCACCCACUCCUCCCCUGAUCAAUACCCCUCUCUCCACUCCCCAACGGGAACGGCCUGCACCAUCUCAGCGCCUUGGCGCAGCGGUAGAUCUGACGGAAGAACUUCCUGCAUCUUCCUCUGCUGGAUCCAUCACAGCUGAUCAACUCGUGGCUGGCCCUUCGAAGGCUAUCAAAGGAUCCAAACGAGAUAGUCUGUGGACUACUUUCCGUCAUUUGUUCAACGAAGACAAGCGUAGGAGGAAAAGGGAUAUACCUGGUUCACCAUUAGCGGCGGAAGUGAAAGCUGCUCCAUCGGUUGUGCUCAGUCGUGGACCCAACGCACGUGCCCCACAUAUCAAUAGAACACCUCUGGCUGUUCCGGGAUCAAGACGUACUUCACUCGAUGGCAGACCUGCUAUGCACUCUCGCCGGUCUAGCAGUGUCAACUCGAGGCGUUCCUCCUUUGACGGGCAUAAUUUACACGAUCCUAGCGAGUUGAGUGGUCUCUAUAGGCGAACUAGUCAGCGAAGUCAUGGUAGCCAGACUCCCACCUCGGAUCGCGAACACAUCGACUUCCCUUCCCGGCCAGGGUCAGCCCAUUCUUUGCAGCGAGGCAACAGUCGAAGAUCGUCGAUGUCGGUACGCUCCCCCUCGCUCAUCUCGGACAACGCUUCCGGCCGCUUCAAAAAUGGCGCACCGGCUUCACCUUUACAUAAUUACCGUCGAAGAGCUCCCGGAGGAAGUGAUUCAUCUCGUGUACGGCAUUUUCGAGUCAUCCAUGAUAACCAAUCUCUACGUCCUUCAUCGAUAGCAUCCAGCAUCAAAUCCAAUGCAUCGAGCAGAGCGUCAUCAGCAGAGGGGAGAAGGGAAAAGGGUGGCGGAGAUGAUGUGGAUGAUAGUGGACGAGAUGAUGCCUCUUCAUCACGCUCACAGCGCCGGCGAAGGGAGAGCAAGAGCUCGCUAGCUCAUCAGAUCCAUCGUAACAGAUCACCACUUUCAGCCCAGGCAAAAAAGGGACCCAUUCGUGAUGUCUUCCAGAAGAAGCAAGAUGAUGACUGGAUAUCAGAAGAGGAAGAGGAGUAUGCCUGUGGACUCGGUCAGAUCGGUAAUAGUAGGAUUGCUGGGAGUUCCAAUACGAUGUGGAUUAACGGUUCGAGAGCGACUGCUUCCCCUACGAGCGUGAACGCUUCGAUGAAAACAUCCACACCUUCCACCAAGCGACGUGAGAGAGGUAGACGAACGAGUUUGGAGGAAAGGCAGGAGAAUGAAAAGGGGAAGAACAAGGAACCUACAGGAUUAGGUAUAGGUCUGGACAGUACGAGCGGUGGUGGUAGUGGAGGUGGUGGAAGCAGAGCGAGAAGAGGUUUACCACCUGGAAGAUCGGCUGCGCCUGUCAUUGAGGAAGAAGAAGAGGACGAGGAGUAA